AUGCUGCCCUUGUCGGUUCGCCGCGUGGUUUCCUCCGCCCCCCACGCCGGCCUCGUCUCGACCCUCGCCCCGUCCCAACCCAAAGCGGCGGCGGUUACCGUUCAACUUUUCAGCCGCGGCCUCCAGCGACGCUUCUCUUCAUCGAAGCCCUCAAGCUCCGGUAAUGGCACCGACGGCGUGUCUCCUGGACAGUCCGUUCCCGCCUCGGCCUCGGCCCGUGGCGGUUGCAAGGCCACGGCCGACAAGAGGAAACGAAAGAGCAAGGAUGCCUCCGACAAGAUGGCCUCGUUCGGGAAGCUGCCCAGCGUCCCCAGCACCCAUCACAUGUCCCAAGAAGCUCUCGGUCUCUCCAGCUUCUUCUCCCUCCACCGCCCCAUUUCCAUCACGCAGACGAUGCCGAUGUCGGUGACGGACGAACAUUUCGCCUCCAUAUUCGCGCCCCGGACGAAGAGCAAUAAGAUGUCGGAUACCAUGUCCACCUUGUCGAGCACCAUCGACCGACUCGACGGCCCCAUGGCUCAGAUGACCAUCGGUGGCCAUCACGACGACGGCGGCAUGGGCGGCGGCAUGCACAAGCUCGAGGUCCGGAACAGGGACGGCAGCGAGUCGGGCCUCUAUCUCCAGGUCGACGCCAUGUCUGGAGACUUCCUGCCCUUCCGUCCGCCUCCCCUUCCCCAGCCACAGGCGGCCGACGCCGAGGGGCACGCCGCCGGCGCCCUGGCGGAGGAGGAGCCUCACCACCGUGUUUACAAGGCCAUGUUCACCAUCGAAGAGUCCACCGAGCCCGAUGGCCAGAUCCGAAUCGUCGCCCACAGCCCUCGCAUCGUCACCGAGCAGCCCCAGAGCUUCCUCGGCCGCAUGGCCCGCCGGCAGGCCCGCUUGCACGAGUCCCUGCGCCGACGGGACCUGCACGCCAUCAGCGUCAAGAGGCAACGGAAGCUUCGAAUGAAGAAGAAGAAGUACAAGAAGCUGAUGAAGCGGACGCGCAACCUGCGUCGCAAGCUGGACCGAACGUAG